AUGGUAGCACAUGGCCUGAGUGUAGUUGUAGCCAGCAGCUUUAGCUUUUUACGCAAGUGCCCUUUUCUUGUGUGUCUGCCCAUCUUUGUCCAUGCAGUAGUGUUGCCUAAGAGCCUUGGGGCAUUGACAGAUGGGAGUGUAGAGAGCCCAGCCAUGCACCCCACCCCCACCGUGGGCAGACCUCCAGGUCAGAGAGGACGCAAGCCAGGCCGCAGGAAAACCAAGGUGACGGGGCCCUGGAGUCAGAAGGGCUCAGCGUUGGGACCACAGAGCAUCCAGCUAGCCAAAGGCCUGGAGCCCAUCAAGAUCCCCAAGAAACGAGGGCCCAAGCCUGGCAGUAAGUUGGGUUGGGCAAAGAGAGCUGGCUGGCUGGAAGAUGCCAUGGCUGGCCCAGGGCGGCCAGUGACUGGCCCAGGGCGGCCAGUGACAGGUCCAGGGCGGCCAGUGACCGGUCCAGGGCGAACCAGGGGCAGACUGCCUGCCAACUGGGCACAGAGGAUAGCUCUGCAGCAGGCCCAGACUCAGGCAGAACCCAUCAAGAUCCCAAAGAAAAGAGGGCCAAAGCCUGGCAGCAAGAGAAAACCAAGGGUGGUACCUAAUCCAGUUCCCACGUCUCCCACCAGCAGCACCCCAGAGCCUGACACCAGUACUGUUCCUCUAGACAAUGCCACCAUCCCCAACUCUGCACUCCAGGCUCCCACAGUUUGUGUGUACCUAAACAAAUACGGCAAGGUGGGACCCCAUUUGGACCUGCGGCGUAUUCAGCAGCUCCCUGACCACUUUGGGCCAGGCCGGGCCUCUUCAGUGCUUCAGCAGUGUGUUCAAGCUUGCGUAGACUCAGCCCACAACCAGGGCACAGUCUUUUCCUGUCUCAAGUCUGGACAAGGAGGUGAAGUCAUUUCAGCCUACUUUGACCAGCAGCAGCACACCCUGACCUUGCCCACAGUCAGCAGUGUCACCUACGUCCUCCGCUUCCUAGAAAAACUCUGCCACAACCUUCACUGCGAUCCUCUGUUUGGAAGCCAACCUGUCGCCAGAGGAAGCCUGCACUACGACAGUCACACAUACACUGCAGAGAGGAGAAGUUUUGGAGACAACCUGACGACGGGCCCGGGCCGAGGCAACAAGCGGUUCCUACAAGACUACAACAGUCCCCUGCCUCAGAAACUGGCCAAAACCCCCCGGCACUCUACUGAUGGUGAGUCCUUCAUGGAGAACAGUGUUGCCGCAUCAGAGCACUUAAAAAAGAGCCCUCUUUCUCCCAACUCUAUAAUUCAAACUCCCGGCCUGAGGUCUCCCUCCAAGCUGCUACAUCAUAGAAACUCUACAGGCUCAGGCAGUUUCCGAGAGAGCCCGAGACCUAGUGGUCAGGACCCUAACCUGUGGACAGUAGAGGAUGUCAUGCAGUAUAUCAGAGAGAUCGACCCAGUGCUGGCCCCACAUGCUGACCUCUUCAGGAAACAUGAGAUUGACGGCAAAGCACUCCUGUUGCUGCGUAGCGACAUGAUGAUGAAAUACAUGGGCCUGAAGCUCGGUCCUGCUCUCAAACUCACCUUCCACAUUGACAAGCUCAAACGGGCUUGAGAAGGUCCGCUGGCUAGCGGCAGCCUUCCAAAGGACUAAACUCCAACCCCAUCUCCCUGUUCUAGGAUCAGUAUAUCAUGCACUGCAUAUUGGACAUAUACUGACCAUUUACAUGUAGCAACUUCCAUCAGACCACCAUAUCUGGUAUUACAUACCCUGUUCUGACCUCAUCCAAUGAGGAAUGUUUAUUUUGUGUAGCACAAUCCAGCCCUAAGGCAGCAUGGGAUACGUAGGAUCACCCACUUGUCUGUCAUCUGUUUUCAUUUCAGUAUAACUUGAAGAGUCAUAUGUGGCCAUUUUAACUGUAAAAGGCUUUUUUGGCCUGCUUUUAUUAUGUUACAUUUAUUCUGUACAUUUCAUAUUUUGUACUUAUAUAUGGACUUGUAUUUUUGCCUUUUUCAACGGUUUGUGUGGGAUAUUCUAAAAGAAAGAAAGCCCUAAAGGAAUAAAAGAAAACGCUACAUUCAUCCCAAUAUUUUGGAAGGCUUCUGAUUAAUGUCUCUGUUUGAGGCACGAUUUUGCAACUACAAUAUUAAUUAUGGGAAGAAAAACGUGUUUUAUGAAAAGAAAUUUAUUCUGAAAAAUACUGCCAUGAGGAAAUCUGUCUUUUCUCUUAUUCUGGAUGUUGUUUACAAUGCCUUGUCCUGUAUUUGUUAUUUGUACUUUUUUAAUUUUUUAUACUAUAUUAUUAGAAUUCCUACAUGGAGAGCCCUAUCAUGCUUAACAUUGUUCAAUAAAUAUAUAAUAAUUCAACUGUUAA